AUGAAAACCAAAACAUGCCGACAUUUUCUUGCUCUACCCAACUUCAAAUCCCACAGUAAAGCUCAUACCUUAGCUUAUGACAAUCUCAUUGGAACCCAGAAAUCUCAUUCACGUACCCUAAAACUUGGAAUCUCAGUUGUUGAAUCAAACCUUGUCAGUUGUUACUGUCAAUCUGGCGCAUUUUCACACGCUCAUCAAUCUUUUGAUGAAUGGCCCAAAUGGGAUGUAGUAUCGGCCACAAGACUGAUAGGUCACUUUGCAAGACACCAACAUCACAAAGAAGCCAUCUAUUUCUUCUCAAGAAUGCUUCAUUUGAAUAUCAGACCUAAUGAGUUCACAUUUGGUACGUUAGUUCACUCUUCCACAUCUCUAAAAGACCUCAAUUUAGGCAAGCAAAUUCACGCUUGUGCAAUGAAGACAAGCCUCGAAUCAAAUGUGUUUGUGGGCAGUGCAAUUUUGGAUAUUUAUGCCAAGUUGAGCACCAUAGAGGAAGCACAAAGAGCUUUGGGAGAUACCCACCAACCGAAUGUGGUUUCUUACACAACUUUGAUUUGUGGGUACCUCAAGAAACAGAGGUUUGACGAUGCUCUGGGGGUUUUUAGAACGAUGCCUGAACGAAACGUUGUUUCAUGGAAUGCGUUGAUUUGUGGGUAUAGCCAGACGGGCCAUAACGAAGAGGCAUUGAAUCUUUUCAUUGACAUGUUGAGGGAAGGUGUCGUGCCUACUCAGUCUACUUUUCCUUGUGCUAUCACUGGAGCUGCCAAUAUUGCAGCGCUUGGAAUGGGGAAGAGUUUUCAUGCUUGUGCUAUUAAGUUCUUGGGUGAGCUUAGUGUGUUUCUUGACAAUGCUCUAAUCAGCCUUUAUGCAAAAUGUGGAAGUAUGGAAGAUAGUCUCUUGGUGUUCGAUAAAAUUCCCGAACGAAAUGUUGUCUCGUGGAACGCUUUGAUAUGUGGUUAUGCACAAAAUGGGAAAGGAAAGGAAGCCAUAGAUUUCUACCGAAAAAUGUUAUUCACAGGUCUUAAACCUAAUAGUGUUACUCUUCUUGGUGUAUUGUUGGCUUGUAAUCAUGUUGGUCUUGUUGAUGAGGGCUUGUCAUAUUUCAAUCAAGCGAGACUUGAGGACCCUAGUAUACUAAAAUCCGAGCACUAUGCUUGUAUGGUUGAUUUGCUCUCUCGCUCAGGGAGGUUCAGGGAAGCAGAGAAAUUUAUCUGUGAUUUGCCUUUUGAUCCGGGAAUUGGCUUUUGGAAGGCAUUGCUUGGAGGUUGCCAGAUCCAUUCAAACAUGGAGUUGGGUGGAUUUGCUGCAAGAAAAAUUCUGGCUUUGGAUCCUGGUGAUGUAUCGUCUUAUGUAAUGCUGUCGAAUGCACAUUCUGCAGCAGGAAGAUGGCAGAGCGUGUCAAUGGUAAGGCAAGAGAUGAAGGAGAAAGGAAUGAAGAGGACUCCCGGUUUGUUCAGAAGCUUUGAGAUCAGCUCAGUUGGCUCAAUAUCAAUCCUACAUUGCUAUUUGCUUGGGAUGCCUGGCAAAGUUAGCCAAGAUGAGUUGAGUAGAGAAGCAAAAUGA